GACAUCAGUAGUUACCAGGGGGUGGUUUAAACAUGACGCUUAACACACAGGAUGAAUAUAGGAUUAGAAAAGAAGAUAUUGAAUUGUACAAAAAAAUAAGGAGGGAAGUUGAACAAGAAUUCAUGGCAAAAUAUGAGCCUGUGGAUUAUAGAUCAGUGACCAAAAUUGAUUUUCAUAAAGACGUAGUCCGGUUACCUCCAAGGCCCGAACCAAUGCUUCAUGAAAUGGUUAAAGAACAACCGGUUACAUUUUGGACAGAACACAGGGAUAAAAUGCAUGGUAAUACUCAUUACAGUACAAAUCGUACCACUCCGUUUGGACGUAAUGCUGCUUUUACAACACCGAUUGAUCAAUAUUUGAAUAGUCGGAUGCCAUGUGAAAUGCAAAAAAGACAAACGCAUAGCCCAUUAUAUUAUAUAGCUUUUGCAGCAACACUAACGUUAGUACAACAAUCGAGAUCACAGUUCAAUACGACUCAAAAACAUAUAAAGGACAUGACAUUUAAAAAACAAAACAAAAUAAACAAUGUUGGAAAUCAAAGAAGAAAUAAAAUUGUAUUUAAAACUACUGAUCAUGAGACUGAACACUUAAAAGAAAUACCAUAA